AUUUUUAUUAAAGCUGUUUGCUGUAGUUUGCUUAAAAUCAUAUUUCAUAUGAAUGAAUCUUUAUUUUUAGUACUUUUAUAUACAAUUUGAACGCUAGUUCAACUUUUUUUUGCUGUCAAUUGAACAAUUGAAAUUUUCACUAGAAUGUUUAAAGAAUUUUCAAGGCUUUUGCUAAUUAUGCUAUGCAGCGCUCAUUUGGUCUAUGCAACAAACUCACAACGCGACAAGCGACUUGCCACGCCCUACUUUAAUGAAGAUACAAUAAGUAAAAUUGACAAAUAUGUGGUAUCCAUAAGAUCACGCACACCCUUCGAGUAUUAUGGUGACAAUCACUUCUGUGCCGGCACCAUAGUAUCCGAGUUGUUCGUCUUAACGGCAGCUCACUGUGUUAUGGACAAGCACUCGAUCUUGUAUAGAGCACGCCUGCUCUUGAUAGUGGCGGGCACACCAAAUAGACUGAAGUUUGUCAGGAACCAGAGCAUAAACAUUCCAGCCAAGCAGACUUUUGUGCAGGAGAAUUUUACACGCUUUAACACAAACAAUAUAGCGCUUAUAUUGCUAUCAAUUCGUCUGCCCACGGACGAUAAGCUCGUGGGCUUUAUACAAUUGCCCAGCGGGCCACCCACACCGGGGCAAAUGUAUGAAGUGGUUGGCUGGGGUCGUCUUUAUAAGGGUGGAAUCUUAGCUUCCAAAGCUUUGUUCAUCACCGUGAAGCUGCAGAACAGCACUGUCUGCGAGGAGUUUAUACCAAAGGACUGGCCUGGCACGCUCUGCGCUGGAAACUUGGACAGCGAUCUGGAUGAGCAUCCCUGCCAAGGCGAUUCGGGAGAUCCACUUAUGUCGAAUGGAACUAUUUACGGCUUGGUAACACAUGGACUUGGUUGUGGGAAGAAGCAUUUUGCCUCCAUAUACACAGAUGUCUACUAUAAUAUUGAUUGGAUAAAUGAGAUAAUGCUUAUCAAUUGCUCUAACAAUUUGCUCACUUGUUGGCUGCCGCUCUAUGCGUUGUUAAUCAAAUUUUGUGUAAUGUUUAAUUUUGUCUUUUGGUAAAUGAGUUGGAAUUGAGCUGAUUGUUUUCCCAAUUACAGUUCUUAUUAUUCUAAUUUUAAAACGUAAAUUCAUGAAAAAGAAAUUGAACAACUUUUAAGCAGAAUGUUUCUAAAUUUGCUUCGCUUAACUUUUAUGAGUUAAUUUCUAAAUUUGAGUGUUUAACGUGCGUUAGUUGAGAAUUUUGUUAACUCCAAAUAAAGUCGACGCUUGAAACCAGUUAAGCUGCAUAACUUUAAUACAUACAUUUACAUAUAUUGCAACAAUUUAUCAUAAUUAUUCAUAAUUUAAAAAGGCACCUUUAAAUUGUUUGCUGCUGUACUCGUAUGAAUGAACUCAAAUAGUUGCCAUGAAGGAAACCAGUGUGAAUUAAAUAUGUUAUAAACCUUCUCAAAUACUUUCAACUUGCUUUUUGUACAUUCCUUACAUUUAUUGGCACUGCAUUUCGUUAAUGCCACAAAUUGUUGCAACAACAACAAGAAAAGCUAAAUUAUAUUAAACGUAUG